UGUGGCGUUUCACCUUUCACAACCUACCCAAGUCGAAUUAUCCAUCAGUAAAUGCUUAUUUGGUAGACCCGUGCUUUCAGAUACCGGGAGUGGUUUUUUUUCCUUUGUUUUCUUUGCGCAUACGGGGUAUACCAGUUUCUGGGAGAAGUUCCUAAUACGUGGAUUAAUCAUGUUAAAAAUAAGUUAGUUAUUUGUGCUGCUGGAGGGGAUUUUAUGGUAUUUGUGUUUAGAUUUCGCGUGGGAGAAAAGUGGGAAAUACUCGUCUAUUUAAAUACAUUACUCCAGGUAGAAUCAGAUAGUUGCGAGAAAGAAUCGAAGUCCGUAGCCCUCUAUCGGAGAGGCAGAGAUAGACUUAUCAGGUUGCUUCAAUAUGGAAGUCGUGCUUAUUGGUAUUACGCUCAGAAUGUUCAUACUAUGCAACAUUCUGCAGAAAUUUUAAGAAGUUUGGAAUAUACCUUAAGCUCAUUUAGAAAAUUAUUACGCCUUGGACGAUGUUUGGAUACUUUAUAUAAAGCACUAGAAAUGACAAAAUAUCCAGAGGGUGCUUUAAGAAUUAUUUUAGUAGCUUCAAAAAUUGCUAAUGCACUAUAUCUAUUAGCAGAUCAUAUAAUUUGGAUUGGCCGAGUGGGGUUGUACAAAGUGAACAUAGAAAAGUGGAGUAAAUCAGCUAAUAAAUAUUGGUUAAUAAAUGUUGUUCUGAAUCUUACCAGAGAUGUUUAUGAAAUUAUUAACAUCUUGGAAUGUAAAGAAAGAGAUGCAUUAUUAUAUGCAUCGAAAUUUUCAUUUAAAACUUGGAAGCAACGUGAUUUAUUAUUUCCAUUGAGCAAUCGCAAAGAUGUUGUAAUGGAUACCAUGAAAAAUGUAUGCGACUUAUUCAUUCCAUUGACAGCAUUAGGUUACACUAAAUUAACUCCUGGAAUGAUAGGUGUACUUGGUAUUGUAUCUUCAUUCAUAGGUCUUUAUACAAUAAUUCAUCCAUUAUAUAAGUUAACACCUUCUUAAAAUACAGUUGUACAUUUUAUUAUGUUUUUACCCAAGUUAUAUGGUAUUUUAUAUAUAGGUAUAUGUAUAUUAGUAUCUUUAUAUUUUUUAAUAACGAUAUCUCUGUGAUAAACAAAUUAUGAUAUGAUUUAUUUUUAAUAUAUUUUUAAAAGUUUUUUAAUUUUUUAGAAAUAAUAUAUAAUAAAGGUUAAAAUUAAAGGUUAUUUCUGUUUGUAAGAGGGAUGAAAGUAA